CCGGGGGAGGAGGAGAUGGCGAGGGGAUUUCAGUGGCGGAGAGAAAGGAGGUUCUCCCCCCCCGGCCGCCCUGAGGUGCGGGGAGCGGGGAAGCGCCGUCCCGCAGCGGGGACAGGAGUGGAGUGGGGGCUGAUUUUCCCCGAUGCUAACGGGGAGUACCAAUCGCCCAUUAACUUGAACUCGAGAGAAGCUAAAUAUGACCCCUCGCUCCUGGAAGUGCGUUUGUCACCGAACUACGUAGUGUGUCGUGACUGUGAAGUGAUCAACGACGGGCAUUCAAUUCAGAUUGCCCUGAAGUCAAAAUCAGUGUUAACAGGCGGGCCAUUACCUCGGGGACAUGAGUUCGAGCUACACGACGUUCGAUUUCACUGGGGGAGAGAAAACCAGCGUGGUUCUGAACACACAGUUAAUUUUAAGGCCUUUCCCAUGGAGCUUCAUCUAAUGCACUGGAACUCUACACUGUACAGCAGCAUCGACGAGGCAGUAGGGAAGAAGCACGGCAUAGCUAUUAUUGCUUUGUUUGUGCAGAUAGGAAAAGAGCAUGUAGGCCUAAAGGCUGUAACUGAAAUUCUCCAGGACAUCCAGUACAAGGGAAAGUCCAAAACAAUACCCUGUUUUAAUCCCAACUCUUUAUUACCAGAUCCUCUGCUGCGUGACUACUGGGUGUAUGAGGGCUCUCUAACCAUUCCACCCUGCAGUGAAGGUGUCACCUGGAUACUAUUUCGCUACCCUUUGACUGUGUCCCAAGUGCAGAUAGAAGAAUUUCGAAGACUGAGGACACAUGUUAAAGGUGCUGAACUUUUAGAGGGCUCUGAUGGAAUCCUAGGAGAUAACUUCAGACCAACUCAGCCACUUAGUGAUAGAAUUAUCAGGGCUGCAUUUCAGUAGCAGAAGAGUAAGAACAACAAUAGUAAAUCUUUAGUCAGGUACCAAGUCUCAUCUAAUAACUCAAGAGGCAUUAACUUUCUAAAACUACCUGUUUACUUGGUACAUGACCCCUCUGUAUUAUGAUAAACAAACAUGAAAUCAGAUGGAUUGAGGAAAGACUCACUGGUCUCUAUUGAAGUCUGCAGAGAAGAACGAUUCUGGAUACAUGGUAAAUUGCAGUUAUUGUUCAUUUGAAUGGGAUUUUCAGUAUAAAAAUUAGCAGAAUAAUUUUCCUUCAGUUACAGUGCUUGCAACAUCUGCAGUUGCUGUAGUAGAGAGCAGUGGAUGAAGAGGUUCAUCUUCUAUAUUGUAAAUACAAUCAAAUUCCUUCAGCUGUCAAUGUACUACAGUUAAUUUUUUAACCAAUCAUACAUUUUUCAGUUGCUGGUACUAUCACUAGCCCCUUAAUCCUGUCCAUUUGAACUCAGCAUGGAAACGGUAGGAAGCUUGAAUGUUGCAAUAAAUUUAUUCAUUGAGCAUCCAAUUACAAGACAAGUAGUUUUCACUUCAUCCUAGUGGAAAACAAACAAAUCCCAAGUACUUUUUCAUACUUUGUGUUCUCAUGGUCAGUGUUAAGCAUCUGUCCGUGACAGCUGGAGCCCCUGGCAGACCUGUAACAUGUCAGGUGCCUUGAUCACUUCUUCCGAAAGUGGCAAGUCACUCUUCCCCCCUCCCUUUGUGAGAGCAGAUAGACAGGAAAUUUGUAGCCCUUGGCAGCCCAAGUCCCUGCUCACACUUUGGCCCAUGCAGUUCACAAGCCAUCACCUAAAGCUUCUCACAGUACUUUCUCAGAAAUCCCUUAGGUCCAAGAAGUUAGGAUAUAACUUCCCUAUUCUUGACUGCCUUUGAAUUUUCUGUUUCCUUUAUUUGAAUAGCACAAAAGAAAAUCAAACACAUCAUAGAAAUCUUAUACACAACUGAGCAAACAAAACCUAAUCAACAUUUAAGGCAUAGAGGAAGAGCACAGUUUAAAUAUUACUGUUUUAUUGUUAGAGCCUGACUGUAACUGACUAGUUAGAAGCACAUUCACAUCCAGAUUCCAGUAGGGGGGAAGGCGUCCUCUGGAUAAAGGAUCCUCUGCACCCAGCUGUACCCCAGGCAAGUCUAUUACAGCUAGCAACACUGAGUAAGCAGACACCAGAGGCUCCACAGGACAGAAUGGGGAAGAAGUUCCUUCUGAGAGCCCUGUUUAUGAAGAGUCUGGAGAGCCAAGCACACCUGGUCUAGUCAAGCCAUUCCUUGUGAUGAAUUUGUUGCUGCUUGCUGCCAUCAGGGACACAACUGAGCAGUCCCACACCCUCUUGAGUCUCCACCUGAGCCUCAAAGAACCACAACUUCCAGAGGAGUCUUCAAACGGGGCUCAGAAAUCCCGAAGCCCUCUCCUCAGUGCCCUUCUCUCUCCUGCUAAACCGUACAUACACCCAAAACAGGAUCCAACUCACUCUCCUUGGGGCACCGGGCACAUGUGCUCUUUUGCCCUUUUGUUGUUUACGCGGUGUCUGCCAUGAGGUAUUGUCACUUGCACAACUGAAGAGUAGGCAACCCACCCCCUCACCCCUCCCCCGAGAUACAAUAGGUAGGACAAUGCUCCAUCACUUGGGUAAACAGUGCCAGACAGAGCUGGUUAGAGCAGCCUUUCAUCCUGGCAACACUUUUAGCUCUGGGGUUUGCAUACAUGCCCCUAAAACUGAAUUUCUCUCAGAACUGUUAUGUCAGAAAUCUCCAAAGUGUUUUGAUUAGCUCAUUCUGGGAGAUUUCAGCUUCACGUGGUCUUCUUCUCUGCAGUGGACAUAUUUGGAGCCAAUUUCUGGUGCUUAGUUUCAUAAUCGCUAGCACUUCUGAGACUUCUCAGAUGGGUGGCUGACAAGAAGCUGCUUGGUUACAUGAGUUUUAACACAUCUCUCAGCGAACUCUGAGACCCAAAUGCAACAUCUGCUAGAACAUGCACGGAUGUCAUGUGGAUUUAUGAUAUUUGCUUGAGGAUUCUGGAGCCAUAAACCAAUGAAUGGAUUACAAUGAGAUAAAUACAGUAUUUUCUUCUGUCAAAGGCAAUUCUGUCCUGAUACUUUUCAAUGCAUUAUUUAAUUGAAAGCAGUUUCCAUUUUGCUCAACCUAGCAAGUUGAAAGUUUAAAAGAUAAGCCACAUUUCUUUGCUUGAAUAUACUGUCAAAUGCAUUUGAAAAUAAAAUGCUCAAUAACGAUAA